AUGUUCCAAGAUGACAACAAGAAUGGCAAAGAUGAUGCUGGUGAACCAUGGGCAUUCCGAGGACGUGGCAACCUCACCAAGGCCGAUGGAACUGUUGUCACUUCCUUUGACAAGACCAAUGGAAUUGAUGGAGUCAUCAUGGGACCUCUUGAUGAUGGCGAGUACUGUCUCAAUGUUGAUCACAACUCUCCAAAUGAUUGGAAGAUUGGACCACUUGGUACCACUGGCACUGUCGAUGACAACAAGAUCGAUCCUAACACCAACAAGUACUGCUUCAAAAUCUCUGAAGAGACCCCUCUCAACUCAGAUGGCCAACUGGUAAUCAAGGCCGGUAUUGUACCAUUCGUUCGAAACUCUUUGAUCUUGUAUGGUUUUGAGGACAAGGACAAGAAUGGCAAACAAGAUGUUGGAGGGCCCUAUUCCGCUUAUGGCCAAGGCAAUCUUACCUUAGCUGAUGGCACAUUGGCCAGACUAAGUUAG